CCUUCUCACUUGUAAAAGAAGAGAAAGGGAGGGAUUUUAACCAUUUUGGUUUGAACUGCACCAACUGCAAUCACAAUGGGUUGCAACAUGUGUGUGAUGCAGAAGCCUGAGGAACAGUACAGAGUCAUGUUCCAGCAGGUAAAUGGGAAGGAGGUGUCCCAACUCUCCCAGGAGCACACCAUGGAAGCGCUGCGCACGUCACAGGAGCCCCUCUACAUCCAGGUGCUACGAAAGGGGCCCAGAAGAAAGGGUGGCUCUGCAGGGGGUGCAGCUACAGCAACAACUCCAGCGGCUGACUGUGUAGACAAUGGCACCCAGACUGAUAUCAGCUUCCAGCACAUGCUGACCCUGGGAAGACUCAGUCAUGCAGGCAAUGGCCCAUCACUGCCCCCUCCAUCCCCCCCACUGCCCCCUAUCUUGGAGCCCUACCUCCUAGAUGAGCUCCCUUCUUUAGAGCACGAUUACUAUGAGCCCAAUGACUACUUUGACAGCUCCCACCACGAGGUCGACAGACAAGAUGAGUUUCAGUAUGAGGAGGUGGAGCUGUACAAGCCCCGUCAGCAGGACAAGUUGGGUCUGACCGUUUGCUACCGCACUGACGAUGAGGAAGACCUGGGGAUUUAUGUGGGAGAGGUAAAUCCCAACAGUAUAGCUGCAAAGGAUGGGCGUAUCCGUGAGGGCGACAGAAUACUGCAGAUCAAUGGAAUGGACAUCCAGAACAGGGAGGAGGCAGUGGCCAUCCUGACCCGAGACGACAGCACCAACAUCUCAUUAUUGUUGGCGCGGCCUGACAUUGAGAAUGACAACCAGAUGAAUCCAGAUGAGUUGGACUUGGAACAACAAUCUAGAAAAGCCACAGAAGCCUUAGAUAAUGCUGCCCACCUGUCCAGCCCCCACAGACUAAGGAAGGGGGCCUCAAAUCGAGUUGGUGGACAAGGGGGCAGGUCUGGGGAGCCAGAGAGGUGUAGUCGCACCCCUUACAGUGAGCCUCCAGCUUUGAGCCCCAAUGCCCUCAGCAACAGUCAGGAGAUAGACAGUGGUGUGGGUCGCACAGAUGAGAGCACCAGGAACGAGGAGUCGUCAGAGCAUGACCUCCUGGGGGAAGACCAUACCAGCGCCUCCAACACCAACACUACCAAUACGCCUGGCAGCAUGCGCAAGUUCACGUCAGGGAGAGGGGACACGCCGCCUCUGCUCCAGUGUCGUGACCUGCACUUCAGUACAGACUCCUUGCUGGGUUUAGAAUGUGGGGGAGGAGGAGGAGGAGGAGGAGGAGGAGGAGGGGGGUACAUGCCCGACCCUGUGAUGAUGAUGAUGCCAGGGCUGACUGAGGAGGAGUGCGAGAGGUACCGUGAACUGCUAGAGAUCAAAUGUCACUAUGAGAAGAAUGGGAAUGGACUGCUAACACUGGGAGCAGAGCGAGGCCGAGGCGCACCUGUUGGGGUCGAGGUUCCAUUGGAUGUCAAUCGCAACGAAAGUAUGAUGCAGCAUGAGAUGGCCCUUCUGGAGGAGGAGCUGCGUCACUUGGAGUUCAAGUGUCGCAAUAUUCUACGGGCACAGAAAAUGCAACAGCUCCGGGAGCGCUGCAUGAAGGCUUGGCUGCUGGAGGAGGAGGUUGCCUGCAGGGUGCCUGGAUCAGCAGAGCCAGGGAGCCCGGCAUUGCAAAGCAUCAAGAACCCCUCACACCACGAGCUGUCCGAUAUCACUGAGGUGCCAGAAAGGGAACGUUCUGACAAAGACAGCAGCAGCGCGUAUAACACAGGUGGGGAGAGCUGCCGGAGCACUCCACUACUGAGCGAGCUGCUCACACCUCAGACCAACCAGGAGGAUGAGCUCAGUGCUUCAGCAACCUCUCACCCCUCCACACCUGGAAAACAAUGGGAUAAGGCAGGGCGAGGAGAAAUAAGAUACACCAACCUCAGCCAUCCCUACUCCCCCUGCACCAACAGGAAAUUCCACGAGGGGAAUGGAAGCACAAGCCCGACAACUAAGUUUCGAUCUCUAUCUCGGGGUGGGGAAGCCAGGAGAGGUUCAGAAGGAGGAGUAAGAAGGAGCCCAAAAACCACUGGCACUCUGGACAGGACUGGUGGACGUAGUGCAGACAACAGUCCCUACUUCUCUCGCCGUCAGCAUGGGGACAAACUGCCAACUCGGUACCAGAGCUGUAUGCAGUUGAGAUCCCCUUCCAUGUGUGACAAUCUGGCCCCCAUGGACCUCACAGCAAAGACUGAAGGAGGCAGUAUUGGUGAAGGGAGCAGCAAUCAGCUUGACCACAUCAGUCUUACAAGCGGAAACACCACAAUGACAAACACAGGGCCAGAGCCCAGCCAUGCCCCACUGCCGUUACCCCUGCCUCCUGCGUCCCCCCGCAUGGAGUGGAAGGUGAAGGUGCGCAGUGAUGGCUCACGCUAUGUGGCCAAGAGGCCUGUGAGGGACCGUCUCCUCAAGGCGCGGGCCAUGAAGAUCUGCGAGGAGCGCAGUGGCAUGACCACAGAUGAUGAUGCAGUGAGUGAGAUGAAGAUGGGCCGGUACUGGAGCAAGGAAGAGCGAAAGCAGCACCUGAUGCGUGCCCGUGAGUAUCGCCGCCGGCGAGAGUUCAUGAUGCAGAGCCGCCUAGAGUGUCUGCGAGAGCGGGAGCAGCAGGUUGGUGCUGCCGCUACUGAUGGCAAAGGCGUCCAACAGGGGGUGCCACAGGAGGCUAGCAUCCUGGAGCUCAGCCAGAGGAAGAGCAUGAGGAAACGCAGCAGGAGGAUCCUGGAUAACUGGAUCACCAUCCAGGAGCUGCUGGCUCAUGGCACCCGCUCAGCUGAUGGGAAGAAGGUAUACAACCCCCUGCUGUCUGUCACUACAGUCUGAGAAACAGAAAACUGACAGCAAAUGAGAAAAAGGGAGUGAAGCGAGGGGAAGGAAUGGAGAGGAAUUAUUUAAUACUGGUCAGAAAGACAGGUACAACGUGGGCAGAGAUAUAAAGAGGAGAAAGGAAAGAGACAAUGUGCUAAGGGGAAGGGAUCAGUAGAGGCAGGGCACAGAGAAUUUGUCUUGUUUUAGCUGUCUAAGGGACAGUUAAUAAGACAAGCAGUAGGCUUAGGUUGGCUCUUUGUUGAGGGGGGAAUAUCAGAACUUUCAAUUUAGCAGGAAGGAGAAACAGCAUUAAAGACUGCAAAAGAUCUGUUGAGAGCACAAAAAAGUUAACCAGACUCAAAACUGAGAGGAAAUAAACUUCUUUUGACAGGCAAACACAAUACUGAAACACUUACAACUUCAUAAUUAUGCCAAAAUGAGGACAUUUACAGGCCUUCAUAAGAAGGAAUAAUAACCACUUAAUUUUUCAGGUACCAGUAGAGCACAUGAUAUUGUUUUAAACAGACUUUAUAGUACAAAAUCCAGAGAAUAAUAUUUAAUAUGCUGAAAGGCACAACCAUGUCUAAGUGAAUCACAUAUUUACUAGAAAGGUGUUAGACGCCCUGAGUUGCCGGGUUAGGCUCCGGUUCCCUGCAACCCCGUAUGGGACGAGCAGUUCAGAAAAUGUGUGUGUGUGUUAGACAGAACCUCACUGUGCUGCAGUGGAUUCGAUGUUUCAUUUUAAAAGCACAAAAUGAUAAGCUGCCAAUGCACAGGCAUCUAGGUCCUUGCAGACAAAGGCACAAGUUGGGUUGAACUUCAAAAUCAGCAAAAGGACAAUUUGCAGUGCCGUUCUACUGCCUUCACCUGUGGGCGAAGCAUUUGAGUAACAAAGAGCCUGUGUGCUUUUUUCAGGAAACAAUGGUACAUUAUUAACAUAAAGCUUAUUCUGUAAGGCAACUUUUUGUAAAUGUAUUUGAGUAAGGGUGAUUUUUAACAAGACUGAACAACACAGAAAAUUGGGCCACACACAAAGAGAAAUGUUACUAGGAACAAUGAAAAAAGAAAACCCCCGUGCUCUUCAUCUAUAACAGGAAGCUGGCACCUCUAACUUAGGAAAUAAAAUUUUAAAAAGGCUUAACUUAAAGCGUCCUGCUAAACAGGCAGGGAAGGACCUGCUAUGGAGAUAGUGUUAAAACUAAAACGAAGAGUUCAAAAUAUGCUACCUGGAAUAAUAACGUGAAAAUGUGAAGAACUUAGAUAAUCGAGCUUUUAAGCAAAAUGAAAAUGUAUAGUUGCUACGAUUAGUUUAUUAUAACACUGCCUGGUAACGUAUUAAGACAGCACAUCGGCCCCAGUUCCACUCAUCUCAGCGAAACGCACAAAAUGGCGCCGAAACGGGCGAGGUCCAGCUCCCUCAUCAAAGCGUUCUCUACAAGUUUCUUCCACAACUUCUGAAAGCCACACUUCACAGAUUGAGAUGUUUCGCAAAGUACCAGGGUCACACUAUAUACGCCAGAAGAACUGGAAGCGCUGGGAAAAGUUACCAUCUUAAAAUACCUGGGUCUGGGAGCAAAAUGUUCGGAAAUAAGUAAAACGAAGACGGUAUUUUCAGUAGCAAAAAUAUAAAGCGAGGGAAUAAAACGCAAUUCUCAGAGGGAUUCGGAGUGUCCCACUGAAUCCUGACUAGUAACAAAUAAGAAAUGGAGAGUUGAAGGCGGAGAAAAAAAAACGUUUCCCGAACAUGCAGGUCGAAACACGGCUCGCGAGCGCAGGUGACCGUUAUUCAGCGCGAGGCGGCAGCGAGCUCGAGCUCAGCGGGAUGGAGGCAGCCCGUCUUCCCGCCUAUUUCCCCCUUCGUUGAUCCACGGGUUAAGCGUGUAAUGGACUAUGUAUGGUGUUAGCAACACUUAGACAUGAACAAACUUCUAAUUUCACAGAAGCUGUUUAAUAUUGUGCAUUACUGUGCAUGCUGUUGACGUGUUGAACAUUAAAGAAAAAUACUGUAAAUACAAUAAUAUAAACUGCUGCGUGUCGCUGGGAAAAUCGUGCAAUCUGGUGUUUUUACUUGUCUGCGUUUCUGGUUAAGCUUUCCUUGUAUUUUAGAAUAG